CUACAGAGGACACAGUUCACCUGUGUAAGCUGCCAGUGUGACAAUGAAGAUCACUGUGAUUUUCCCGUUGCUGCUGCUGGUCUGCUCUGGCUCCACUGAUCAGAAUAAGACGGAGGCAGAAAAAGAAAUUCUUGCACAGCAGAUCACAUCCCUACAGUCUUUACCACAAGACAUCCUUGCUGUGCUGAGAGAGAUGGCUGUUACUUUGACUCAACAGAAGUUUGACAUGAGAUUGCUGCAAACAGAGAAUAAAGAGCAUGCAGCAAAGCUGGAGCGACAGGAGACUGAGUUGAAGAAGCAGGAGACUGAGUUGAAGAAGCAGGAGACUGAGUUGAAGAAGCAGGAGACUGAGUUAAAGAAGCAGGAGACUGAGGUUGACAAGCUGAAGCAACAGCUGAAAGUUGGACAGGUGGCUUUCUCAGCCUCUCUGUUGGCUACAGGCAGCGGAUAUUUCGGACCCUUUCCCACAUUCACUACUCUGAUCUUCAAACAUGUCCCCACAAACAUUGGAAAGGCCUACAACCCACACACAGGUAUUUUCACUGCACCAGUGAGAGGAGCCUACCACUUCGAGUGGUACAUAGGAACACAUGGAGGUCACCAGGCUUCAGGAGCUGUGUUGGUCAAGAACUUGCAACAAAUUGUGACUGCAUAUGAACAUCAGACAUCAGGUUAUGGGUCUUCUGCUAAUGGGGUUACACUGCUGCUAGAGGUUGGAGAUGUUGUGUUUCUGCGUCUGUGGGUUAAUACAAAGGUGUUUGAUAAUGUUAAUCACCAUACCACCUUCAGUGGUCAUCUGCUUUUCACCAUGUAAGACAGAAACUCUUCCUCUUUUCCUUUAAACUUUUGAACAGUUCUUGCACUGAACUGAUUUAAAUGUAAUCUGAUAAUCUUGAAUCACUGUAGUAAUGUAUACUGAACUUUCUUUGCAGUGCAACAACAAUUUGUAAUAAUUUAAAUGUUGAGACAUUUUUCAUCUGGUCUGGAUCUGCAGUCAAAUAUACUGAAGAGAAAUAAUCUAA